AUGUUUAGAGAAAAUGUGCUAGAAUAAACCUACAGCCUCAGUAUUACCAAAAAAACUGCAACUAUUGGCAUAUUAAUUAUUAAUGGAAUAGUAAAAAUUAUUCAUUUUUUGAAGAUUGUAUUUUACAAUCAUUCAGAAUGUGAAUUUUUUUAUUUAAAUAACAGCUGCACUGUUAAAGUUGAUUUAAUUCAAUUUGUUGACCUUCCGUUUUCUCGUUCUUUUGCAAAACAAACCUAAUGA